AUGGCACCAAAUGUUGCAAUCAAACAAGAACCAAAAGACGAAUCUCUUGGGCGUAAUGAUACCUCUGAAUCCAAAAUUGUUAACGGCAACAGAGUUUCAGGUAACAACAGCUCUGAAAAUUUGGAAGACAUCGACGAAGAUGAUUUGGAAGAUGACGAAGAUUCCUUAGACUUAGAUACUUCGAAGGCGGAUACCAAGGUUUGGCUAGUAAGACUUCCCAAAUUUUUGAUGGAAAAAUGGAGAGAUCAUGAUAAGCUUCAAGGACAAAAUCUAGGAAAAGUUAUGAUUCAUAACAAUACAUCUAAUCCAAGUGAACAAAAGUGGGACGUAAAACUAUUACUUAAUGAUACUCCUGAAACUCAAGAUAUUCCUAGAGAGUAUGAUAUUAUGUUGGCGGAACAACGUGAUAACAAUAAUACAUUUGUUUUUACAGAAAAAGAUCUUCCUAAGUAUGAUAAAAAGAAGUCUCAAGAUGCAACAUCGCUUGCUGCAAAGCAGCAACAGCAACAACAUUCGAGAAGAGGAGGAAGAUUUCAAUUUAAUAAGGAUAGGUUUGUCCCUUAUGUGAAAACUAUUCCAAAGAGAACUUCUUUGGUGGGAAAAGUCUGUCAUGAAUGCAAUGUGAUUCCUUCUCUUAAUGAUCCUAAUUACAACAAAGUGAUCAGUUCAAGAAGACGUCUACAAGAAGAGGAGCCUAGACCUAAGGUAACUCUUUUGUCUGACUCACUAGAGGUCUCUUCAGGCGCAUUUUCACAGACUCUUCGUGGUCAAGCCAGCCAGUUCAUGAGGGCCCAAAAAAAGGACUCCAAAGCAUCAUCAGAAGGAAAAGCAACACGUAUUCCGCGCAACGAGCUUUUGGAUUUGCUGUUCAAAUUAUUUGAAAGUUAUGAUUACUGGAGUUUAAAGGGUUUAAAAGAACGCACCAAACAGCCUGAAGUUUAUCUUAAAGAAGUUUUGGAUGAGAUUGCUAUUUUAAUAAAAAAGGGACCCUAUUCAAUGAAAUACUCCUUAAAGCCUGAGUAUAAAAAACAUGGCAUGGUUGGUAACGGUGUUGCUGAUGGAAGCAGCAAAUCAAAUGGUGAAGCCCAAGUAGAGGACGGUUCUGCUGGCGGAAAUCCCUCUAAUGAAGGUAACGAAGGUGAUGAAGACUACGAUGAAGAUGAUGAAGAUGAUAUUGAAAUGGAGACUGUUGUAUAA